AUGUCUGUGCGAGCCAAUGCUCCUAAAAAGGUUCGUCUGGCCUGCCGCCGCUGUCGGAUGAGGCGUAUUAAGUGCGAUGGCCAGGUACCUGCAUGCACAAACUGUGCUAAAGCUGGCCAGGUCUGUCUAGAUGUUGACAGUCAAAACUCAGACGUCGUCAUUCCUCGCAACUUCGUUGCCGGUGCCCGUGAAAGAAUACGCUGGCUAGAAGAUAUCAUUAGAGAACGCCUACCGGACGUAGAUCUUCGUCUAGGUCCUCAAGUCGAGACAGCCCUUGAGCCAUCCGCGCCAGCACAAGAUGAUAGGGCAUCUGAAGAAGCCGACAUUUCCAUAUCCGUAUCCACUCCCGCAGCACCACCUGCAUCACGAAAGAGAUCGGCCGAGGUGUCUACACAGGAUGAACAGGACGAGCCUUUUAGAGAACGGGCCCACAACGUUGCGAUGAAUCUAGGGAUGCUUUCCCUAAACAUCGACUCUCCUCAAAAGCACUAUCUUGGUUCCAGCUCAGGUCUUCUCUUCACAAAUCUCAUAGGAGCAUCGCCCCCAAGUAUAGGUUCAACUCCACAAGAAGUCAGAGCUCAGACACAAGCUAGUGAUCUUGAUUGGUACGAUGAUGCUUUGUCUCAGGAACUUACUAAGAACCACCAUCGAGAAUUGUACAAGCUAUUGAAAGAGGAAAUGCCUUCUAAGCACAAUGCUCUCAUUCUUGUUCACACAUACGUUCGUUGGAUCCACCCAGACUUCCCCUUUUUAGACCCAGGUUCUUUAUUCAGUGCCAUUGAGGCAAUUUAUUCGUGCCUUGAUGAUAUCUUGGAGAGCGAAGUAUCACCACAAGGCUGGCCAAGUUUAAUGCCAUCUUUUGUCUGGAACGGCCGCACUGUCGUUCCAGGAAGUUCCAACGAUGAAGGUAUCACCCUACCAGUCGUAGCCUUCAUCAUCUUUAUGGUCUUGAACCUGGGCGCCCUAGUAAAGCUUAGAUCACGCAACUACGACUUUCCUCCCCAACGCUUCUAUCGGGCCGCAUUAAACUUCUCCAAAGAAGCAUUCUCACAUGUCACUCUGUCCUCUAUACAGUGUUUGAUUACGUUGAUCGUGCAUAGCCUACUCACGCCUGCGGAGGUCAAUCUGUGGACAUUGGUGCAUCUUGGACUUGCGUAUUGUGUCGAGAUUGGGAUCCAUCGGGAACCAGGCGAGACACAUCCCGACGACCUUGCAGUACAACAGAUUAGACGGUUUACUUUCUUUACGAUUUAUUCCCUAGACAGAUCGAUAUCCUCUAUCCAGGGCCGACCACUUGGCUUCAGAGACGAAACCUUCGAUGUCAAAAUGCCGCAGGUAUUGUUGAAUGACCACAUCCUCACAUAUGGACCUCUGCCUUCUUCUUUCACAACAGCUGUAACUCACUACUCAGCCUAUCAUUUCAGACUGGAUCGCAUUAUAUCCGACAUCAAACUCCAUCUUUACCAUCUUCCCGGUGCAUCGACCUGGUUUUCAUGGCCUCAGAACCCAACGUAG